AUGUCGACUUCUUCGUCCUCUUAUUUCCCUUCCUUCCCUCGCACCACCGUCUCCUACACUCUCUCAACUUCCCUCUUCAUCGUAUUCUUCCUAUGCAGCGUCUUCAUCUUCACUAGCCGCACUCUCGAACCUUCCCUCUCUCCUUACCACGCCGACAUCCCUCUCCCCGCAACCGCCGAUCCACUCCUCCUCCCUCAAAUCGAGCAUCUCCCUCUCAAAUACCCCAAGGGAACGCCGUCUCUCGAUGCCGACGGUGACCUCACCGUGAAAUCAAAUCCGAAGACCGAAGGAGCCGAUGACGUCGCGGUGGUAGGGACUAAGCUGAAAGUUGUGGAAGAUUCGCGCGGCGUUGACCCCACGGAGAAAACUGAGCUAAGAGAAGGAGGAGGCUCGAGCGGAGAAGUGUCCGUCGAGGGUGAGGUGGAAAACGAUGCCGAAUCUGCGGAACAUGCAGCGGUUGAGAAGAUUAGAGGCUGCGAUUUGUACAGUGGAUCGUGGGUUAAGGACGACGAUGAGUAUCCAUUGUAUCAGCCUGGAUCGUGUCCUUAUGUGGACGAAGCUUUCGAUUGCCAGAGGAACGGGAGGAAAGAUUCCGACUAUCUCAAAUGGAAAUGGAAGCCUGACGGUUGUGACCUUCCACGGUUCAAUGCUACAGAUUUCUUGGUGAAGCUACGAGGUAAAAGUUUGCUCUUGGUUGGAGACUCAAUGAACCGUAACCAGUUUGAAUCAAUGCUUUGCGUUCUCCGAGAAGGAUUAUCUGAUAAAAGUAGAAUGUACGAGGCUUAUGGCCACAAUAUAACGAAGGGAAGAGGCUACUUUGUAUUCAAGUUUGAAGAUUACAAUUGCACAGUGGAGUUUGUGAGGUCACAUUUUCUUGUGAGGGAAGGAGUUAGAGCAAAUGCUCAGGGAAAUACUAAUCCAACCCUUUCGAUUGAUCGCAUUGACAAGAGCAAUGCUCGAUGGAAGCGGGCUAACAUUCUCGUCUUCAACACUGGACAUUGGUGGGUUCAUGGAAAGACUGCCAGAGGGAAAAACUACUACAAAGAAGGUGACUACAUCUACCCAAAAUUUGAUGCGACUGAAGCAUACAGAAGAGCAUUGAAGACGUGGGCAAAAUGGAUCGAUCAGAAUGUGAAUCCCAAAAAGCAGCUUGUAUUUUACCGCGGAUACUCCUCUGCCCAUUUUCGGGGAGGCGAGUGGGACUCGGGAGGGUCAUGCAACGGGGAGGAGGAACCGGUAAAGAAAGGUUCAAUCCUCGAUUCCUAUCCUUUGAAAAUGAAGAUCGUAGAGGAAGCCAUAAAGGGUAUGAAAAUUCCUGUGAUCCUCCUAAACGUGACAAAGCUGACUAAUUUCCGCAAAGACGGACAUCCAUCAAUCUACGGUAAGACCAACACAGAAGGUAAAAAAGUGUCGACUAGGAAACAGGAUUGCAGCCACUGGUGUCUGCCUGGAGUUCCCGAUGUUUGGAACCAUCUUAUCUACGCGUCUUUGCUCCUUGAGGCACAUUCCUGA